AGAGGAGCGGAGAAGAAGACGGACAGACCGAUAGCCUUCUUCUCCCUCUUCUCACUCCAUCUAAUCGUCUACGGCCCCUUUUGGAGCUCCUCUUAGUAAACGAUGGCAGAGGGUGAGGACAUCCAACCUCUGGUGUGCGACAAUGGAACUGGGAUGGUUAAGGCUGGGUUCGCCGGAGAUGAUGCUCCAAGAGCCGUCUUCCCGAGCAUCGUCGGCCGCCCCCGCCACACCGGCGUGAUGGUCGGCAUGGGGCAGAAGGACGCCUACGUCGGGGACGAGGCUCAAUCCAAGAGAGGCAUAUUGACGCUCAAGUACCCCAUCGAGCACGGCAUCGUCAACAACUGGGACGACAUGGAGAAGAUAUGGCAUCACACCUUCUACAACGAGCUCCGCAUCGCUCCCGAAGAGCACCCCGUCCUCCUCACCGAGGCCCCCCUCAACCCUAAAGCCAACCGCGAGAAGAUGACCCAGAUCAUGUUCGAGACCUUCAAUGCUCCCGCCAUGUACGUCGCCAUCCAAGCCGUCCUCUCCCUCUACGCCAGUGGACGCACAACAGGGAUUGUGCUGGAUUCCGGUGAUGGCGUUAGCCACACCGUCCCGAUCUACGAAGGCUACGCCCUCCCGCACGCCAUCCUUCGGCUGGACUUGGCAGGCCGCGACCUGACCGACCACCUCAUGAAGAUCCUGACGGAGCGCGGCUACUCCUUCACCACCACCGCGGAGCGCGAGAUCGUGAGGGACAUGAAGGAGAAGCUGGCGUACAUCGCCCUCGACUACGAGCAGGAGAUGGAGGCCGCCAAGACCCCCGCGGCGGUGGAGAAGACCUACGAGCUCCCCGACGGGCAGGUGAUCACCAUCGGCGCCGAGCGGUUCCGCUGCCCGGAGGUGCUCUUCCAGCCGUCCCUGAUCGGGAUGGAAGCCGCUGGCAUCCACGAGACGACCUACAACUCCAUCAUGAAGUGCGACGUGGACAUCAGGAAGGACCUGUACGGGAACAUCGUCCUCAGCGGCGGGACCACCAUGUUCACCGGCAUCGGCGACAGGAUGAGCAAGGAGAUCACGGCGUUGGCGCCCAGCAGCAUGAAGAUUAAGGUGGUGGCUCCGCCGGAGAGGAAGUACAGCGUUUGGAUCGGAGGCUCCAUCCUGGCAUCCCUCAGCACUUUCCAACAGAUGUGGAUUGCCAAGGCCGAGUACGAUGAGUCUGGUCCAUCCAUCGUGCACAGGAAAUGCUUCUGAUUUCUCCCAACUAGGAAACAAGGCAUCGACAAUGUGUUGUGUAGUUGGUGUGAAGCUUUGAGUUGGCAUAUAAUUCAUCACAGACACUUACUGCCAAACCUACUACUCUCUUGUUGAGUUUAACGCCAUUGCUCCCGCAUGCUUCAACCCACCCCGAAAAGAAGUCUUGUUUCAUUA